AUAGAAAAAUGCCAAAGGGAAACAAGAAACCUAAUGAGAAAAAAGAGGAGCUUGAAAAAUUUGCAAAAGAAUUGCAAGGAAGUGAUUCGGAUGAAGAUGCUGUUGUAAUUGAACAACCGACUGUUGAGCCUAAACUGCCACAAAAUGAUAGUUCUAGCAGCAACAAAAUCGUGCUCUCCCAAGCAGAAAAGGACCUUUUGCGCACUGAAUUGGAUAAGACCGAAGAAGAAAUCUCAACGCUGAAGCAAGUCCUAUCUGCCAGACAAAAACACGCCGCCGAGCUCAAGCGCAAGUUGGGACUUACUCCAUUCUCGGAACUCUCUCAGGACAUCAACCGCAGCUUGAAAACUGUCACCGAUACCGACGCAUACCAAAAAACCGCUGAGGUAGCCGCCGCCACGUCUGACACAGUUAAAGAAAAGUGGAAUGACAUGAGAAACUCAUCACUGUUCAAAUCCUUCGAGUCAAAACUUGGUUCUGCCCUCAACAACGCUAAGAUGGCUGCUUCAACAUCGAUUGAUCAUUUGGCGGGAGCUGCUCGUGGUCCAAGUCAAACCGGAACCCCAGUUGCGGAGGAGGCCAAGCCAAUCUCUUAAAUUCAUUCAUUUCACAUACCAAUAUGUUGUAAAAACACGUCACUACUGGGAUAUUUCAAUCUAAUCGUCUUUUCUUCAUUCUAUUCUUUUCCUGUCAUUAAUAUCGCCACUUUGUGAAUGAUUGCGGCUUUUUCUGCUGAAAGUAUUCGAUAAUGUUUUGAAAUGUUCUGAAUCCGCAUCCGCAUGGCACAUGUAUUCAUACCUAUUUAUUAAUUUUGUGUUUAAACAUUACUUCAAAAAUUUAUUUUUCUUAUGUUUUAAAAAUGAAUAAAUCGGAAAACGUUAA